AUGGCUGCCUCUCGCGAUCCUUGGUCCAAUCCUCGCUUGGCUCUCACCCACGCAGGGCGCUUUACGGCCGGUUCAUUGCCUGAGGAUCCCAUUCAGAAUUUUGAGACAAGGGCGUCUGAGGGUCGCGAUUCCCGGCGUGCUAGAUGUGCGUCACGCAGCCGCUCCGACUCUCAUGGACGGCCUCGGAUCAACCUUCGUACAAGGGUCAUUGAUGAGUUUAAUGUGACGCACUCUCUGCUGCCAGUUGCUAAUGCCUCUUCGAGAUUGCCGUUGCCUUCAACUCAGACUUUGGAGCUCCGGACCGAGAUCGAGACUUUACGUCGCACCAGUGCCGAACAAAUUAUGAUUUUGACUCAACGAGUGGAUGAUCUCGAGCGCCAGGUUCGAUUCAACCUCACUCUUGAUCUUCAGUGCCUGGCUGCUUGCUCAAUUUUGAUCUUCAGUGCCUGGCUGCUUGCAGCAGCCCUCCUCAGCACAGCGGCUGGCAAAUGCGAUGUGCACAGAUCAACUGCAGGGACCGUGGAACGUCGGGCACUGAACGUCAUGCCAGGACUCUCCCAUAACGUGGCUUCGUUGCUUGCCAUUCCGGCUGCGGUGGCCGCCAUCGGCACGCUCUUGAAUAGGUGUCGGCGACACAGAGUCCUCGGCCCGCUGGAUAGCUGCGGCCGGGCCUGGGGUUGCCCUCUCGUGUUGCGCUCUUGCUGUGGGUGCGAUACAGGAGCGCUUAUGUCGCAGUUUGACUUCAAGACUCUGCUCGCUUCGGCUGUUGAUUCAUGCUCGGAAGCCACUCCUCGCGAUAAGCUGCUUCCUUGGGAAUCUGGGGUGUUCAAACAGAUCUUUGAUGGAGAAGACCCUUUGUCUUGGAAGAACAGGUUCGACUUGCCUGACCCACCAGGGUGGGAUCAAGGAGAGAUGGAAAGCUUGUUCCCGGCCGAGAAGAAGCGCAAGGUAUUAGAUGCUGAUUUUCCACAGGGCAUUUGCUUUAUGGUCGUACGCAAGACUGAGGGGUUGAGCUGGGAGGAUCAACGGCAACAAGACUCCGACAAGGCGAUUGCGCGCUGGAUUUUCAUCAUCGUGAAAUGGUCUGAGACCCGCCCUGGCUUGUUGGUGUGCCAAAGCUUGUCUGAAUGCACCGAGAAGGAUCAAAGGAUCAACGUGAUCCAAGACUGGCUGCAUCCUAAGGCGCCGAGCACUUUGUUGAAGAGAGCCAAUUCGAUUAUGGGAUAUCACAAAGUUGUUGGCUGGGGCGACGGGACUUUUCCUUACCGUGAGCAAGAUGUGUAUCGCUACAUGUCUGAUGCUAAGGCAGGCGGAGCAAAACCGUCACAGCUGAAAGCUUUGAGAGAAGCUGUGAUCUUUGUGCGGCAUGUUUUCAUGGUUCCGCAACUGGACAGGGUGAUCGAGAGUCGUCGCUGUUUGGGGGCAUCGCAGAGGGGGACUGUGAAACGUGGUAAGAAGAGAGCUCACCCGCUUUCCAUCCUUGAAUUGAAGAAGCUUCACCACUUGCUUGCGAAUAAAGAUGUUCCAGCCUGGGACCGCACCUUUGCAGGAGCCGUUCUUUGUUGCACUUACAUGAGAGCGAGAUGGGGGGACUUCCAGCACGCUGUCAGCUUUGAUAUAGAGACGAACGACAAAGGGGACAUCGUUUUCUUGGUUUAUACUGUUGAGGUGUACAAGACGGUGAACUCCAAGUAUUUUUCUGGCGAGCCUGUUAGGUUCAUCGCUCCUGGAGUUGGGAUUCUCAGUGACAACUGGCUGCACUUGUGGAAGCAGGCUAGGGCAGAGGUGGGAUUGUUCUCAUUCCUGCCGCCGUUGCCGACGCCCAAUGCAACUGGUGAGGCCAUGGGAUGCUCGGUUUCUUCUAGCGAAAUCACGGCCUGGAUCCAGAAGGUUUUGGGGCGAGACAAUAGCUUGAAUACCACGGGACACCUUAUGAAGCGCACCUUCUUAACAAUGGCUGCUAAGCGGGGCAUUGAGCACUUGGAUCGGCUGGCUAUGGGUGGUCAUGCCAACUCGGCAAAGAUGGCUGAUACUUACGGUGAUGACGAGCUGGCGCGACCCUUGAGGCUGCUCCUGGCGCUUUUGGAAGAGAUCCGCGAAGGCAUCUUUGACCCCGAUGCAGGACGCGCGGGGUACAUUCUGGGUGCAGGCCUGCGUGAGCGCAGGUUGGAGGCGGAUCGGAUGGAAAUUCGCGACCCCACAGCUGCAGGUGCCUUUGCAGAUGCCGUGACACCGGAAGCCAUGGAAGAAGACUUCCCUGGGGAUCAGUCCGGCAAUGGCAGGGACAGCCUUACAGAGCAAGACGCGGCCUCGUGGGAACUCCCGCUUCCUGAGCCGCUCAAUGACGACGAUUGGAAGGACUUGGGUAUCUCUCCUCCAAGUCCACCGCAUGGUGACGCCGAUGAGGAACCGGAUGCAUCUAACAUUGGUGACCCGCCGGUACACCCGUGGGACAACUUGCUCGAGGGACAUCGCGGGGAUGCUUCAGAGACGGACUCUUCCAGUUCAAGCUGUUCCGAGGAUUCGUCUUCUUCGUCUUCGAGAGUUAGCCACGAACCUGAGCGCAAGCAGGGCAUCAUGUCGCUUGUGGAUUCGGAGGCUGCCUUCACUCAGCGAUGUCAGGAAGUUAAUGCUGGGGCCAUUCAUACGGCGCUGCGUGACAAUGGUGUCACGACCUUUGCUAGUUUGGCUUAUGCAUGUGGCACACCUCAGGACCGUCCUUCGCAGGCCGAGUUGGAUGCAUUCAGUACUAGGAUCCUUGGUGCUGCACCGCGGGUGGGUGAUGUCUCGCUCUUGAAGCGACUCAUCUUCGAAUCUUGUACCUUUGUGAUCGCACAGUUACGCCAGAAUAAGCGCCGCUUGGCGGGGGUCCACAUCGAGCGGGACUCCGUUCCGUCUUAUGCCUUGGUGGAUUUAUGCUUCCAUAUGCUCGAGGUCGGGGUGACAUGGAUCAGUCCCGGCCGCUGUACGAGCCGCGAAAGUGAGAUCCAACUCUCGACGCGUGAUCAGACUAAGGUGUUCAAGCUGGAGGAUAACAGUUUGAAAGUUGGGAAUGAGGGCCCUGACGACGUGGCCUGCUUCGACUCUCCCGUACGACUACAGUGGUGUCUCCAAAGGAGAGGCCUCGCACUCGAUCAAGCUCGACUGAUGUCUUGGCAGCAACAUGAGAGGUGGGUGCAUUGCCUCCUCCACGCACUCACGCGUGAGUGCCCUUCGGGGUUCCACAAGCCAGACAUGAACCGGAUUGUGCAAGCGGACAGGGAGGCAUGGCUCAUUCUUGCAUCAGAAGUACCGAGUCUUAAGGUCACGGCUGCCGGUGAGUUUCCGCUUGGCGUUGCACUUGAGGCUUUGAGAACCGACCCGAGAAUUACCAUGUAUCUUAUGCCCACUUGGGGCAGACAGCCUGAUGUCAAGAUGCCUUUGGAUGUUCCGUCUCCACCCAAGGACGGUGAGGGCUUGUCUCGGUCAGCUAAGCGUCGGAGGCGCUUGAAGGCGACGGCUGCGGCACAGACUGCUACGCCGCCUGGAAAGCCUACUUCGACCCCCAAAGGGGCUCGAGCAAUGCCUUCGGAGUUGAAGGGCACACACCAGAAGACUGAGGAUGGAAAACUCAUUUGCUGGGAUCACAAUUGUGGAGGCUGCAAGCUCAAGACCGAAGGCGAUCCCCCAAAGUGCCAGCACGGGGUGCAUGUGUGUGCCUUCUGCCGUCGAGUCGGCCAUUCCUUCCGCAAUUGCCGUGCUCGCACUUGGAAGGGUGCUGGCAAGGGUAAGACAAAGGAGUGA